AUGAGAAUGUUGUUACAGCUGCUGCUGCUGUUGUUGUUGCUGGUGGUGGUGGUGGUGGUGUUUGUUGAUUUUUGUUCAAGUGUCCAAAUAAUACCAAUUGAUUAUAUCAAUAAUGUUGUUAACAAUUAUAAUUAUCAAUCAAACUUAAGGGAUAUUGGUACAAGUAGUAAUGUUAAUGUUAAUGUUUUCUAUAAUAAUAAUGAUAAUGAUAAUGAUAAAUUACAUCAUUCAUCACCAAUUACAAAUCAAGAAAUAAUUCAAUAUUUUACAAUUAUUGAUAAAUUCAAUAAUGAUAAACAAUUAUUAUUUAUUUGUCGGUAUUUUUUAAAUCAAGAACAUUUUUUAAAUUCAAAUUAUUUACAUGAAUUAAUGACAAUUAAAAAUGUUGAUAUUACAACUAAUGAUACUCAAAGUAGUGGUGGUGAUGGUGGUGGUGAUGGUGGUAACCAUAUUAGUAAUGAUAAUGUUUUCCAUGUUUACGCAAAUCCUAAAAAAAUGUUUCCAACUAGUAAUGCAAAGACAAGAGUUAAUGAGAAUUCAAAUACUAUUAUUCGUUUCAAUGAAACUAAUUCUACAUUUUUCAUAAUUAUAAAUUCCAAUGUUAAUAAUUUAUCUGAUUUUAUUGAAUUAAUUGAAGUUGAUUUCCAAAAUUAUAAUUAUUUAUCAUUUAAUCAUAAUGUAUCGAAAUUAAUAAAUUCCAAUUCUAUUAAUAAUGUUAAUAUUAAUGAUAAAUUCAAUCCUUUGAACAAUAGAGUUAAUAGUUUUGGUUUGAGUAACAAGAAUGCAAUUCCAUUGAGUGGUUGUUUAAAAAUGAAGAAUAGUACUUCAUUUUCAAUCACUAUACUCAAAGCCAAAGGUAAAUCUGGACAAUUAUUAUCCACACCAUUGAAUUUUUUCAUUGGAGGAAAUUUCUUAUUAUUAUUAGGGAUAAAUAUUGAUUUAGGAUUGAAUGGGAUUAAUUUAAGUAAAUAUCAUAGUCAUACUAUCACUUGUCGUGGUGGUAAUGGUGAUGGUAGUGAUGGUGGUAGUGGUGAUGGUAAUGUCACAUCAGCAAGUAGAAUUGAAUUUGAUAAUAAAUUAAUAAACACCAAAUCAGAAAGAAUAGAAGGAGAAAUAAUACAAAUUUUACAACCAAUUAAUAAAAAUAUUAUAUCAUUACCCAAAUCAAAAUAUCGAUUAAUUAAAAUUGAACCAAACAUAAGUUAUCAACAACAAAUAUCUUUCAUUGGUUUUAAGAAAUUUCAUAAAUAUAUUUCAUAUAAAAAGAAUAAAUCAAAGGUGGGAAAUGUGGGAAAUAAUGUCAAGUAUGAAUUCAAUUAUAUAACUACUCCUUGGAAGAAAUUAUUUACUAAUGGAUUCAAACAAGAUUUAGGAAUAAUUUUAUUUCUUGAUGAUAAUGAUAAUGAUGAUGAUGAUGAUAAUAAUAUUAAGAAUAAUGUUCCUUAUUGUGAAUCAAGACCUGAAUAUUUACAAUGUAAUGUGUUUUAA